AUGGUUCUCGCCACGCCUGUGCCCGUUGGGUCUAGUAUCUUCUUCUCUGGGGCUCUCCUCACGAUUUCUAUCCUUGUUUUACUUCUUCUCCGGCGCUUUCUUACUCUGCGCGCAACUCCGGCUUACCUUUCUAUUCCCGUCUUUCUUGCGCUCGCGCUUCCAGCCAGUGUGGUCUUACUGGUCCCCAUUGAUCUGGCAUCGAGUUCGCGUGAUGGAUCAGGUCCUGCAGCCAUCUGGCUACCUGAUCGCUUACUUCUCGUCUCGUGGCGCAUAGCCUACUGGCUGAUAUUCGUGCUGACAUGGGCUAUCCUUCCGCUUCUCGGAGAAUACAUAGAUUCUGGAUAUCGUGACCCGAAGGGUCGUAUCCAGUAUUCUAUCCGGUCGAAUGCGCGGUAUCAACUGAUCGUGUUGUGCUGUGCGGUCGUCGGACUGAUAUACAUUUCUAUUCAGAAUGGGUUCGAAUUUACCUCAAUCAAGGCCCUCGUUAUGGCUCUUGCAUAUGUCUGGGGUCUCGUGCUAGCAAUCUACCUCAUGGGUCAUGGACUGGUAUCGAUCCCCCGCACACUAUUUCGCAACGCCAAUGUCAGCGGCAGACUACGGAGAAUUCACGCUCAUGCACCCCGACUGCACGAUCGCUUGAUGGAUGCGAUCAAUGACUUGGAAAGCUUGGAGAAUCAGGUUGCCCAAUUGCAACGCCGGAAAACGGGCACAGCUCUUGAUUUUCAGGAUUGGAUUGAAGAGCUGGCAGAGACCUCCAGUCCUGCGGAGCCAAGGUCUACCCUGCUAAAUCAUUCGGAUGGGUCUGACCUAAUUCCGGCGGUCAUCACCGAACGCUACCUGGCAGAUCUGACGAGACGCCUCCAGCGCGCUCGGCACCAAAAGGCUCGUUUCAUUGAUGAAUGGGACCGCCUGGUGCUUUCGGCUGCCGAUAUGCAGGCUAUUAUCAACGCUUCCGCAUCCAAGAAUCUGGAGUUCACUCCCUCACCUUAUCGCUCAUCAUGGCUGUCGGGGACCAAGAUUCUCAGCCCUUACAUGCGUUACCUACUUUACGUGCGCGUGAUUCCAAACCUCCGACUUGGGCUAGGUGCUCUCUUCGCUGCCGCAUCUGCUUGCAUUGUCUGGUCUGAGGUGAUCAAAUCUAUGGCUCCUCGGUUAUCUGUAGUGACCCUUUCUAUUGUCUCCUAUCACCAGGAUCCUGCGCCUGUCAAUUUCGGGCGCCAAGUCAUUGCCUCUGCUUGGUUGAUGUACAUGUGCUCUGCAGCCUUGGUGGGCGUGAACGACGCCAAAGUGUGGGGCAACCGUGCCUUGGUUCGCCGCAACACGUAUGGGGAGAGCGCUUGUUGGUACGCCGGGCUUGUAGCUCGGUUGACUGUGCCUAUCGCCUACAACUUUCUGACUUUCUUACCAGUCAGUGCCCGCCAGAGCACCAUCUUCUACAAAUUUCUUGGCCGCUUAAUCGAUCUCACCCCAUUGGGUAAAGGAUUUGACUACUUCUUCCCAGUCUUCAUAUUGUUGCCCAUCUGUGCCACUCUCUUCAACUUGUACGGCCGAGUGCAAAACAUCUGCAGCUGGGGGCUUUUAGAGGAGGAUGACGAUGAUCUGGAGAACAACCCUGGUGGCUACGGACUGGGUGGCUGGCGUGAAGGGCGUGACCUCAUCGAGCGAGAACUCAAUGGUCUUGGCUCGCUGGGACUCUCGGCCCGUGGUAGUCGGUCACCCCGCCCUUCGAGUCGUGUUGAUGAGGAGGUCCCUGCGUUCAUAUCUUCGCGAACCCCUCUCGUUGACGGAUCUCGCACGCCUCGCGCGCCUCGCAGUACUGUUGGAACCUCUACUUUAGUCGAGGAUGAGGAGGAGGAAAACUUUUUCCGGUCGUUUGCGCACCGGAUGAAGAACACUCUCGAGACAGCUAGCAAGCCUCAGUGGCUGCAGGGUGAUUUCCGCUUGCCACGAUGGAUGGGGAAUGAAGGGAAUGAUGGCAGCAGUGGGCUUGCUAGAUGGUUUGGUGGUCGGCCUGCGCCAGGCGGGUUGCUAUCGCACAUAUCUCUGUCCUCCCUGGGCGAGACGUGUGCUUCCUAUAUCGAUCAAGUCACCACUAAUCUUUCUCCUUCGCUUCAGACUCUGCACCAUCAACUCACCACUACUCUUUCGUCAGCUCAAGCCUCAUCACCCUUGCGCUUUCUCACACCUUGGCCGAAGUCUGUUGCGGAUCACGCAGCUAGCGACCUUACCAUCCCGAUUGUCUACACCAUUCUCGCCUGUGCGGUCGCAGUCGUCAUCAUGUCGUCCUGGCGCAGUCCUUUCAAUUUCUGGCGUCGCUCCCCUAACUACACUAAUGUUCAAACCCCUCCGCAUGUCACGGAUAGCGAUUAUAGCUAUAUCACGACGGACGAGAUCGUCAAUCCUCUCAGACAACCGGCAUAUGGACAGUCAUAUGCCGGUGCUGAUGACUCUGAGCCCGACACCAUCCUUCUGAAACACCGCAAGAAUACCUACGACCUGCACUUCCCUGCUUACGCGAUCAGUGAGGGCGCCCUCAGUGUGGGUCAGCUGAGACAACGGGCUGCCGAGGUGACGCAUACGCCUGACCCGAAGCGCAUCCGACUACUCUACAAGGGAAAAUUGUUAGACGACGAUUCGUUGCCCUGUCGGGCGGAGGGACUCAAGCAGCAGUCAGAAGUCCUGUGCGUGGUUUCGGAGGUGCAGCCCGGGGAAAGCUCCCCGAGCGAGACGUCGGAGGCGGAGGUUGAGCUUGCUCAGCCAGACGAGCCCCGUCGCAAGCGCCCGGGCAAGAACAAAAAGCGCGGGAAGAAGGGUAACAAGAAGACGGGCAAGCAAGCUGCCACUAGUGGCGCAGCAGACCCGGCCACUCUGGCAGCCCCGGCGCAAUCGGCGCGAGCAUCCCCUUCCCCUGGUCGAUCAGGCAUGCCGUCACCGGCACCCAGCCUCAACUCCUUCCGUACCCCGCUGGACCAAGCCAACGGCCUAUUGUCGUAUCUCCAUCGGGAGCUACUCCCUCUGUGUGAAGAGUACUUUGCCAAUCCGCCGACGGAUCCGAAGGCGCGCGAUUUUGAGCACAAGAAGCUCAGCGAAACCAUUCUCGCACAGGUCAUCUUGAAGGCCGACGGUAUUGAGAUCACAAAUGACGAGGACCGCGCUGCCCGUCGCGCCUUGGUCAAGGAGGCGCAGGGCUUACUGGCCAAGCUUGAUCAGGCGCUGGCCCACUAA